GCAAAACCCGUGCCCUUCCGCUGCUGCCCCUCUCGUGCUCCGCGAGAACCCCACCAGGACUUGCUCGCCGACCUUCUCCGUCUCUGCUUACUUCAUUUACGGCAGCCCGUCUUCUCCGAGCAGUCCUUCUUUACUCCCCACACUUCGCAGCCUCCUCCGCGGUCUCGACCAGUUGCGCAUCGCUUUGCUUCGGGCCGGAGCUUCCUUCCGCCAUGGGCGAGACCUCGGCCGCGGCGGCUAGCACGGAGGAGCCCAAGGAUCCGAGGACGAUCGCGCGCAAGUAUCAGUUGGAUCUCUGCAAGAGGGCUGUCGAGGAGAACAUCGUAGUGUACCUCGGCACAGGGUGCGGGAAGACUCAUAUUGCCGUGCUGCUCAUUUACGAACUUGGCCACCUGAUCCGCAAGCCCAGUAGUGACGUCUGCAUCUUCCUAGCCCCAACCAUCCCCCUUGUCCGCCAGCAAGCAGCGGUAAUUUCAAAUUCCACCAAUUUCAAAGUUCAAAGUUACUAUGGGAAUGGUAAAAGCUCAAGAGAUCACCAGGACUGGGAGAAAGAGAUGAGGGAGUCUGAGGUUCUCGUUAUGACUCCCCAAAUUUUGCUGUAUAAUUUGCGGCACUGUUUCAUCAGAAUGAGCUCCAUUGCGCUUUUGAUAUUCGAUGAGUGUCAUCAUGCACAAGCACAUAAGCGGCAUCCAUAUGCACAGAUUAUGAAGGAAUUCUACGAUAGUAAUGCCGUGAAACCCCCUCGUGUUUUUGGCAUGACAGCGUCACCAGUCAUGGGAAAAGGUGGGUCUAAUAAGCUUAAUUACACCAAAUGUAUUAACAGUCUCGAGGAAUUGCUGCAUGCAAAGGUUUGUUCGGUUGAUAAUGUAGAACUGGAAAGUGUGAUUGCUUUUCCUGAUAUGGAGGUGUACCCGUAUGGCCCAGUUAGUCACUCUAACCUUACUGUAACUUACAUCAAAGAACUUGAUGACUUGAAGCUUCAGAGUGAAUGCAUAGUUCGAGAGAGCCUAUACGAUUUCAAGGAUUCUCAGAAGAAAUUAAAGUCCCUAUGGAGGUUGCAUGGAAAUUUGAUUUUCUGUUUGCAAGAACUUGGUUCAUUUGGAGCUCUGCAAGCAGCAAGGAAUUUACUAUCUUUUGAUGUUGAUGCUUUUGACAAAAAGGAGGUUGACAUUAAUGGCAAUUCUACCCGAUUUAUGCAUCACUACCUAAACAAAGCAGUUUCUGUUCUGAGUUGCAACAUAUUAGAUGGUACCCAUGAUGAUUCAUUUGAUCUAGAGAUGCUGGAAGAACCUUUAUUCUCAAAUAAAUUUGCUGUUCUUAUUAACGUUCUCUCAAGAUACAGGCUAGAGGAAAACAUGAAAUGCAUUAUUUUUGUGAAAAGAAUAGCUGUAGCCAGAGCAAUAUCGCAUAUCAUCCGAAAUUUGAAGUGCCUUGAUUUUUGGAAAUGUGAGUUCCUUGUGGGAUGCCACUCUGGACUCAAAAACAUGUCAAGGAACAAGAUGGAUGAUAUUGUUGAAAAAUUCUCUUCUGGCGAGGUAAAUCUUUUGGUUGCUACUAGUGUAGGCGAAGAGGGUCUUGACAUUCAGACUUGUUGCCUCGUCGUGCGGUUUGAUCUUCCUGAAACUGUUGCUAGUUUUAUUCAGUCCAGGGGACGUGCCCGGAUGACAAUAUCUAAAUAUGUUGUUCUCUUGGAGAGGGGAAAUCAAUCUCAAGAGAAGUUGCUGAAUAAUUAUAUUGCUGGUGAAAGCAUUAUGAAUGAAGAGAUAGACUCAAGAACUUCAAAUGAUAUGUUUGAUUAUCUCGAGGAGAACACUUAUCGAGUGAAUCAUACUGGUGCUUCCAUUAGCACUGCCUGUAGUGUAUCUCUACUACAUCGCUACUGCUACAACCUUCCGAGUGAUAUGUUCUUUAAUCCUUCCCCAGCAUUCUUUUACAUUGAUGAUACUGAGGGAAUAAUCUGCAGAGUAAUUCUUCCACCAAAUGCUGCUUUUCGUCAAAUGGAUGGUCAACCGUGUCAAUCAAAAGAUGAAGCUAAGAGGGAUGCAUGCUUAAAAGCAUGCAUGAAAUUUCACGAACUGGGUGCUUUGACAGAUUUUCUUUUGCCUGGUCCAGGUUCAAGAAAGAACAAAGCAUCAUCACCAAAUGGUUCAGCAAGUAACAAAGAGGAAGAUGACAGUCUAAGGGAAGAACUUCAUGAGAUGUUAAUUCCCUCAGUUCUCAAACCUUCGAGAUGCAAACAGGACUGUCUAUUGGACCUGCAUUUCUACUAUUUCAAAUUUUUUCCCAUACCAGCAGACAGACACUAUCAGAUGUUUGGUCUUUUUGUGAUCAAUCCCCUUCCUGAGGAGGCUGAAAAGUUGGAGGUCGAUUUACAUCUGGCCCGUGGCAGGAUUGUGAAAACUGGAAUCAAACAUUUAGGAACGAUGGUAUUUGACAAAGAACAGAUGAUUCUUGCACGCAAUUUCCAAGAAAUGUUUCUGAAGAUUCUCCUGGACAGAUCCGAGUUCACUUCAUCUGAUGUUAUAUUGUGCAAUGAUGACACAUUAGAGAUUAGUUCAACAUUUUACCUGCUGCUUCCCAUCAAGCAGAAAUGCUGUGGUGAUAUAUUUGUGAUUGACUGGCCAACAGUUGUGCGCUGUUUAUCAUCACCGGUUUUUAGAGAUCCAGUUGAUGUGUCUGUACAUGGAUCAUAUAUACCAAACGAGUCUUUACGGCUUCUUGAUGAGGUCUACAGUAGAACUGAUGUAGUUGGUAGUUUAAUCUUUGUUCCCCAUAACAACACAUUUUUCAUCAUUGAUGUCAUUCUGGACAAACUAAAUGGGAGAAGUGAGUUCAAUGGUGCAACUUAUGAAGAACAUUACAGGGAAAGGUUUGGUAUUGAGCUAUCCCACCCCGAGCAGCCACUUCUGAAGGCUAAACAGCUCUUCAAUCUGCAUAAUUUGCUUCACGAUCGUUUACGGGAGACCACAGGAGGUAGUGAGUUGGUGGAACACUUCGUGGAGUUGCCUCCAGAGCUAUGCUCUUUGAAGAUAACUGGGUUUUCAAAGGAUAUGAGUAGUUCUCUGUCCUUGCUGCCAUCUUUAAUGUGUCGGUUGGAGAAUUUUCUGGUUGCUAUUGAGUUGAAGGAUCUCAUGUUGUCUUCUUUCCCAGAGGCUUCUCAAAUUAGUGCUUCUGCUAUCCUUGAAGCAAUUACUACUGAAAGGUGUUUGGAGAGGAUUUCCUUGGAGCGAUUUGAAGUCCUAGGAGAUGCUUUUUUAAAGUAUGUAGUUGGGCGUCACAACUUUAUGUCAUACGAAGGACUUGAUGAAGGGCAACUGACCAGAAGGCGUUCUGAUAUAGUAAAUAAUUCAAAUUUACAUGAGUUAUCAGUGAAAAGAAAUUUGCAGGUAUACAUACGGGACCAACAGUUUGAACCAACACAGUUCUUUGCGCUGGGAAGACCAUGUAAAGUAGUUUGCCAUGCGGACAUGGAAGUGAGCAUACACCAGAAGAAUAUUGACCCAGAUAGACCAGAAAACUGUAACGUGAGGUGUACAAAGUCACAUCAUUGGCUGCAUAAGAAGACCAUUGCUGAUGUUGUUGAGUCACUUCUAGGAGCAUUUCUUGUUGAGGGUGGAUUCAAAGCUGCAUUUGCGUUCCUUCACUGGGUGGGAAUAGAUGUAGAUUUCGAAGAUUCAGCUCUCUAUAGAGUAUUGAAUGCAAGCUCCAUCAAUCUAUCUCUCAUGAACCUCAUCAAUGUUGCUGAGCUUGAGGAAUUAAUUGGUUACAAGUUCAAACAUAAGGGUCUAAUUAUUGAAGCAUUUGUACACCCAUCAUUUAAUAAACAUUCUGGAGGAUGCUACCAGAAAUUGGAGUUUCUUGGGGAUGCUGUUUUGGAAUAUUUGAUGACCUCGUACCUCUACUCAGCUUAUCCUGAUCUUAAGCCUGGUGAAAUAACAGAUUUAAAAUCAUUAGCUGUCUGUAAUGAUUCGUUUGCAUAUGUAGCAAUUCAGAAAUGUAUCCAUAAGUAUAUUAUAAAGGAUUCAAAUCAUCUUACAAAGGCAGUGAGCAAAUUUGAGAAUUAUAUUAAACUUCCUAAUUCCGAGAAAGACUUGGUUGAAGAACCAGCAUGUCCAAAGGUUCUUGGUGAUAUUGUUGAAUCUUGUGUUGCUGCGGUUCUUUUGGAUUCAGGGUUCAACCUGAACUACGUUUGGAAGCUAGUGCUUAUGCUUCUAAAGCCAGUGUUGAGCUUCUCUGGCAUGCACAUGAAUCCUAUGAGAGAAAUUCGGGAACUUUGCCAAUGUAAUGAACUUGAGUUAGGCCUUCCCAAACCUAUGAAGGCUGAUGGAGAGUACCAUGUCAAAGUAGAAGUUAACAUAAAUAGCACAAUGAUUAGUUGUACCGCUGCAAACCGGAAUUCAAAAGUCGCUAGAAAGUUGGCCGCACGAGAAACACUUUCUAAACUGAAGAAUUAUGGAUACAAGCAUAAAAACAAGUCACUGGAAGAGAUUUUGCAUGAUGCUAGGAAGAAAGAACCAGAACUAUUAGGCUAUAAUGAAGAACCAAUCAAAGUUGAGGCGGACAUAUCUGUACAAAUGAAGAGUCUACAGAUAAGUGAAGAGAGAGAUGCAAACUUCUCUUUUAAAAAUAUGGAAGUUCCUAUUGGUGGGAGUUCUAAAACCUCCAACCAAAGAACAGCAGGAGAUACCAAGAUUUUCAAGGAUGAUGUCAAUAAUGAAAGGAAUAAUCAGCUCAUGGUUGCAAUGCAGAAUGGUUGUCUGCUGAGAGGAACAACUCAGAAAAACAAUAAAAAGGAGUAUAAAGGUGAUAUGGUACAUAAAACAGCGAAGUCGUUUCUUUUUGAAUUAUGUGCUGCAAGUUACUGGAAACCCCCUGAAUUUCAGUUAUGCAUAGAGGAAGGGCCAAGCCACCUUCGAAGGUUCACUUACAAGGUUAUUGUUCAGAUCAGGGGACCCUCGGAGACACUUUUGGAGUGCUACAGCGAUGCUAAAUUACAGAAGAAGGCGGCACAAGAACAUGCCGCACAGGGUGCUCUGUGGUAUCUCAAGCAACUCGAAUACCUACCAAAAGAUGUUCAUUCAAAAUGUUAGAUAUUUUGUUCAUUCAAUAUCUGGUAAUGAUGCAAGAACAAAGCAAGAUAUGAGGAAGGAGCCACAGAGCAAACCGCAACAGCAGCGAGAAGACAUCGACGCUGAAGAUUAGGCUUGUAGCAAACAAUAAAGUCCGUUUCAUUUUAGGUUUUUGACAUUUCUUUGACCAUCAGUUGCAUCAAUAAUAAGUGGCUUAUGGCAUAAAAGUUAUACUAUUAGAAACCUAUUUUGAAUACAAAUUCAAUGGUAUAAAUUUUUUGGCACACAAA